AUGGGUAUCUCUAUAAGCCCUUGUCUCAAAUCAAAGUUGAUUUCUCUUCGAUUCUUGUGUAAACAGAAAACAAGAAAGAUUGGCUGCAAAUUGGGUAAGUUUCUCGACAGCGUCACAUGCAGAGAUCCCGUUGCAAAAGACUCAUCCACCGAUGAAGACGAAGACAAAAUUUUCACUCCAAGAGCAUCAAUGCACGACGAUGGCGAUGGCUAUGAUUGCAGCAUCUGUACGGAGACGAAGCCAGUGUAUGACUGUUUUGACAUCAAAGGUUGUUCCCAUGUUUACUGCGCUGAAUGCACCGUCAAGUACAUCGAGUCCAAGCUCGACGAUAACGCGGGCUCGACGAUUAAAUGUCCGGAGCUGAAUUGCGAAGGGGUUUUGGACCCUGAAUUCUGCCGCGGGAUUCUACCGAGGGCUUUGUUUAAUAGAUGGGGAAAUUCCCUCUGUGAAUCUGCUUUCCUCGGCUCCGAGAAAUUCUACUGUCCCUACAAUGAUUGCUCGGUUUUGUUGAUCAACGACGGGGAAAGGGUUAUCAAGAAAUCUAAAUGUCCUUUUUGCAAGAGGAAGUUUUGCGUGCUGUGCAAGGUACCUUGGCAUUCUGGUUUCAGCUGCGCCGAGUUUCAGAAACUCGAACCCCUUGGCCCGGAUGCUCUGUUUGCUGGUUUGGCUGGGAAGAAGAAAAGAUGGAAACGAUGCCCUUACUGCAAAAACUACGUUGGAAGAUCAUUUGGUUGCAAUUAUAUCAAAUGCAGGUGUGGAAAGGCGUUUUGUUACAAUUGUGGAGGAACAAUUAACAGCGUUACCCACGCUUGCUAUGGACCGAGAGGAAGACCAGCAGGGCAUUCGUCUUCUAAAAAUUUAAAAUCACCAUAA